AUGUCCAUCAUGCUCAAGCACUCUCUGGUGCCUCCAGAAAUCUCGGUCGUCACAGGACUUGAGUAUGGCUUUAUCCUCCUUCUCCUCACAGUCGCAGGCAUCUGUUGGACUUACCGUAACAAGGGCGUCUGGGCAUCAUCCUCGGCUAAUGCAAAAUGGAUUGCGAGUCCAAAGGGGAAGCCGUUCACAGGAAAUCUGAACGAUCUCCGAACAAAUGGCGCCGCCAGCUGCGAGGCCUGGUACUCUUUGUACAAGCAAUACGGACCUGCCUACGAAAUGACAGUUCCGUUCUUUCGCAUGCAUAUCAUCAACCAUCCCACCUAUCUCGAACAUAUUCAGAAGCAUAACAGCAAGAACUACAUCCGCGGUAAAUUUGCCAGGAACAUGUUUGGUCCGCUUCAUCGAAGUGGGAUUUUUGUUGCGGAUGGCAUGGAAUGGCAAACGCAACGCAAAGCUGCCUCUCGUGCAUUCAGCAAGCGCAACUUCGAGACACAUAUCACUCAAUCUGUUCAUUAUUGGCUGGAUAUCUUUAUCCGCCUCCUCUCUAACCUGGCCAAAGAGCAAAGAGAGUUUGACUUCCAGGAACUGAUGGGCCGUCUCAUGUUCUGCCUCUUUCUGCGAAUUGCCUUUCACGAGGAUAAGCUCGCUUGGGACAUCAUGUCUGAUGAUCCGAAGUGCCUGGAAUCAAAACCAGCUUUUGUCGAGGCAUUUGAUCAAGCUACUCAUUUAUUUGACCGGAGAAGACGAGACCCUCUUUGGAGAAUAACCGAGAAGCUCUCUGGAGAAGAUGUCAUCACCAAAAGAGCUGUGGACCUCUUUUAUCAACAGAUUGAUUUUCUGAUCGAGAAGCGUCUCAACCUAAUGAAAGAUGGCUACAAACCCAACCCAGACGCUGGUGUUGACCUCCUUGACCUAUUUUUGCAAUCGACAACUGAUAAAUAUACUCUGGGUGGAAUGGUAUUUUCGUUUCUGUCAGCGGGUCGGGAUACAACGACCUACAAUACCUCUUGGUUCAUGAAGGAGAUUCACCACCGGCAAAACAAACAUCUUAAUGCUUUGGAGAAGAUCCGUGCUGAGGCAGAGGACCUUGGCUUCACCAGUGGCUAUCUCAACUACACGGAUGCGCCGAGAUUACGGUUCACGAAUGCUAUGUGGGACGAAUGCACUCGACUCAACACUGUUUCUCCGGCUGGCCAGUUGGAGGCGGCCGAGGAUGACAUUCUACCAGCGGUCCCUGAGCUUAAUAUGCCUCCCCGUCGCAUUAAGAAAGGUGAUGUUGUCAGCUAUCAGAACUAUGUUAUGGCCCGCAUGCCAGAAAUCUGGGGAGAGGACGCUGCGGUCUUCAAUCCGUACCGGUGGCUCAAGGAGAACGGGGAAAGCAUCUCUUACAGUCCAUUCAAAUAUCACGCUUGGAAUGCUGGGCCGCGCAGUUGCCUCGGACGGCCACUGGCUACGUAUGAGGGCAUCACUAUUACAGUGGCAAUCCUUCAACGCUUUGACAUCAUUCUCUCAGACGAUAGCAGAAUGUAUAAACCACUUGCUGCCAUGAACAUGGUGAUUCUACUACCAAAUGCGCAUGCUCACGACAUCUCAGUUCUCCCGGUGCGAAGACGUAGAGGCCGGCCUCCGAAAAGAGCGAGACAUAAUGUUGGAAAUGGUGAUCUGUCUGCAGCAGCGGCGACCACAGACAAUUACGGCUUUGAUUUGCCAUACUCAGUCAGCAAAGAAAGCCAGUCUUCAUGGCCGUCACUGAUGGGGUCGUUCGAACCCGUGGCGGGAAGCAGAGAAGAAGCCACUACAACGCCCAGUUCUCGAGGGAGUCAUGGCCACCGACAGAUACCAAGCUAUGACCAGCAAAUGGCCAGUCAAACACUGGCCACCUUUCCGUUGAGAAACACAUCAGAUGCAAUACGACUUUUGGACCAAGAUCGAACAUCCUUCGGCUCCGAACAAUCUGAUAAUUUGGAUGUGCAGGGCGUCGGCGCUUCCAGGCCACAGUUUUUCCUGCUUCGAGAGGGCUUUAUAGACGAGUCAACAUUGUUCAGACUGUUCAACUUCUAUCUUGGCUCGUUGCAUCCCAUGAUGCCGCUCAUUCCUUAUGAAAGGAGACCGACAACAUCAGAGCAAAUCCUCACAAUGGCAGCCCGAGAACCACAUUUUGUGGCGGCGAUUCUUGUAGUGACCACCGGCCUGCUGGGUGAAUACACUCUUCAUCACCAUUUGUGGCAGAGAGUGGAGAGGCUCUUUGCCCAGGUCGCCAUCAUGGGGACGAAUGAAUCGCUGGAGAUGAUCGAAGGAUUGUUACUACUUUCGGGUACAACGACCCUGGUUCCCAAAUCCAUCUCAGCAAGGGACAUGCUGAAAUAUUGUGCAGAAUACCCACCAAAUAUGGGCCACAGCAAAGGACUGGGGUUUGAAGAUCGAAUGUGUUGGAUGACAGUCGGCACUGCCGUCAGGCUAGGUUACCUCCGAGGCCUCGAGCAGCUGGUCAUGCAACCGGACGAUAUUGAGGAGAAAUUUGCGGACGACCGCGGUAGAGGGAAGAUUGUAUGGACGUGUCCCGGGAUGACUAUUCAACAUCUCCACUUUGAUCCUGCCGAUGACUUUCCCCAGAUGCGCGAAAUCGAGGGCGUCCAAGAUGACCAUGCCGCAUACUUGCAGUGUCUCAUGCAUCUAACACAGGUAUUGAGCAACGCUCACGACCUGUUAUACCCCUCGAAAAGCCACUCACUCGCCAUCGCGAAAUCGGAGCAUUACUACAAGCACAUUGACGAGUUUACAGAAAGACUGAUGGGCAGUGUGGACGCCCGCUUUAUCGUUGAGGCAAUGAAUGCAGGGGCUGAUGUGCUACGCUUGGCCAUAGGCAGGUUCCAACCAUCUGGGGCUUUGGCAUAUCUUCCCUUGCGAUUCUUUCACUUCUUCACGCAUGCGGGCGUAUUCCUCCUCAAGGCAGCGGUGAUUGUCCCACUACCACCGUCGCAGAAACGGGCGAUCCUUCACCUCAUUCGAGGCCUCAUCAAAUGUAUGUCGACGGUCUCGUCAGACCACAGACAUCCCGCCAUCCGCAAUUCGUCUGCCCUUGACGGACUGUUGAAACGUAUAUACCGCGAUCAUGACAUCCAAACUCCGGUGGUCACCUGUCCGUCCUCACCUGGUGUUGCCCCAUCCGGUUCUGCGGCUAGCUCGACAGUUCCUGGUGUAACUACGAAACUACGCCCCAGUGAAACUGACUUGCACGCCUUUCUUGGGAAUCGUGAAUCUCCGUUUGUUGCAGAGCGGCCAUUGCAGGAGCUUGCGGCCGACAUCGACGCCAGCUUCGGCCAGGAAACCGACAGCCUGGACAUCAGUCUGCCUUUGGGCACCGAAAGUGCCGCCCAUGGUCUACCUCCGCUUGUGCCUGCGUCAGAUAUAUUUACGUCGCUCUUCAACUAUGACGACAGAGAGUUUUGGGGAGCAUUCACUCCAACGACCUUGGAUUAA